UUCAAAAUGACAUUUUUUGUUUUCUGGUUAUUGAACAUAGAAUAUGUCAUAUUUUUAAAUUUUUUAAAACUAUCUUAAAGCUUUAAAUGAUAAAUACUGAUUAUUGGCAGUCGAUUCUUCAACUAAAGGAUAAGUUACCUGGUUAUGCCACUUCUAUAUGUAUCUAUGAAUUCAGCUACUCUUGUGGAGAAAGCUAUAUUGGACCCACUACCAGACAACUGAACCAAAGAGUUAGUGAACACCUCCCUUCGUGGUUAGGAAAAGGUAUUAUCAAGUCAAUACGAAGCUCGGUUCUUUCACACUUGAUCGAUAGCGGUCAUAUAGUUGACAGAAACCAGUCAACUGAAGUUAUUUAUCGUCUACCUACUAGUUUUCCUUAUGGGGUUCGAUCUCGUCUCGUACACAUAGCAGAAGGUAUUGGAAUUCGAGCCAAGAAUCCAAGCCUUUGUGUUCAUAAGAAAUUUGUAACACCCUUAUCUCUCCCUUGGCCCUUAUAAGUGAUUUUGUUUUCCAUUCACUCUUCGUUUAUUUUCCUUCACCCCCUCUUACCAAUUAUUUAUUUAUUUUUUCAAAUAUUCGCUUCACGGUCCAAUUAUCUGAACACUUAUUAUUAUAUAAUCUUAUAAUCUUUAUGAAUGUUAUAUUUUUUCUAAUCAUUGACCU